AUGGGUCAUCCACCACUGGAGUUUAGCGCCUGCUAUCUGGACAGUCCCGAGUUCAGAGAGACCCUCAAGUGCUACGAAUCGGAGGUGGACAAAACCAGCAAAUUCCUCAAAGACUUGAUCAAAGAUGGUAUUAAUGUCAUCGCCACAAUCAAGGCAUAUUCCGUUGCUGUUCAGAAGUUUUCCCAGACCCUCAACACGUUCCAGUUUGAUUUCAUCGGUGACUCUCUGACAGACGAUGAGAUUAACAUUGCUCAGUCCUUUCAGGAGUUUGCAGGGCUCUUACAGGAAGUCGAGGAUGAUAGGAUGAUGUUGGUUCAAAAUGCAUCCGAUUUGCUCAUUAAACCUUUGGAGAAGUUCAAAAAGGAACAAAUAGGAGCAACUAAAGAGAAGAGAAAGAAGUUUGAGAAAGAAAGUGAAAAAUAUUACUCUCAGUUAGACAAACACCUUAGUCUUUCUUCAAAGAAGAAGGAGAGUCAACUUCAGGAGGCGGAUGAGCAGCUCGACAAAGAGCGAGUAAACUUCUAUGAAGCUUCUGUGGAGUAUGUUUACCAAAUCCACCAAGUUCAAGACCGGAAGAAGUUUGAUGUAGUUGAACCCGUUCUGGCAUUUCUUCACAGCAUUCUGACGCUGAAUAACUUGACGGUGGAAAUGACUCAGGAUUUUAUGCCCUACAAACAGGAGCUGCAGCUGAGCCUACAAAACACCAGAAACCACUAUGAGAGCACGAGUGAGGAGCUGGAGGAGCUGAUGAAGAGGAUGACCAGCCCGAGCAAAGUCAUCCAGAUGCACAGCUUACUGCCCAUGGAGGGAUACUUGUACUGCCAAGAAAAAUGGGCUUUGGGUGUCACAUGGGUGAAAUACUACUGCAAGUAUCACAAGGAGAGUCGACAAUUAUUUAUGAUUCCUUGUGAGCAAAAGACAACAGUCAAACAGCCAAAUACUCAGCUCACAUUGAAGUCUUGCAUCCGUCGAAAGUCCGAGUCUAUAGACAAGCGUUUCUGCUUUGACAUGGAGGCAGUGGAGAGAAGUGCUCCUGUCACGUUCCAAGCUCCCUCAGAGGCGGAGAGGAAGCUGUGGAUGGAGGCCAUGGAUGGAAAAGAACCUAUCUACCAUUCCCCAAUUCAAAAACAAGCAGAAAUGGAACUUAAUGAAAUUGGAUUCAAGUUUGUGCGAAGAUGCAUCAACUACAUAGAAUCUAAAGCGGUCACACAAGAAGGAGUUUACCGAACCGUUGGCAGCAAUAUCCAAGUGCAGAAGCUUUUAAAUUCCUUUUUCGAUAGAAUGAACCCGGGAGACGUGGACUUGCAGAACCCAGACUGGGAUGAGAAGACUAUCACAAGUGCAUUAAAGUUUUAUCUGAGGAGUUUGUCUGAACCCCUGAUGACCUACAGUCUUCACCAAAAUCUCAUGUCUGCUGCAAAGUCUGACAAUUUAGACUUUCGGCUCAGUGAAAUCCAUACUCUUGUCUACAAACUGCCAGAGAAAAAUCGAGAAAUGCUGGAGAUUCUGAUUAAACAUUUGGUCAACGUGUGCAGCCACAGUAACGAUAACCGGAUGACUUCCUCCAAUAUGGCGGUGAUUUUUGGUCCCACGCUGAUGAGGGCGCAGGAGGAGACUGUCGCCGCCAUGCUCAAUAUAAAGUUCCAGAACAUUGUGGUGGAGAUCCUCAUCGAAGAACACAAAAGGAUCUUCUCCUCUGCCCCGGAGGACAGCAGUGCUCGGCCCGUACCUCCCCCUCGCAUCACUCCUCGGACUCGGCAGCCAAUCACCAUCUCCAAGCGUCCGGCGCGCGUCUACACAGCCCUGAGUCCCGAGCACGUUCAUUCAGAGAAUGGUCAGAAGCAUGGCUCUGUCCUAAGUCCCACUCCCCCACAGCGGACCAAACCUCUCCCUCCCAGAGAGCCUCCUCCACGGAUCCCUCUGAUGUCCAAACCUGUGCCUCCAAACCGCCAGGACCGCUCCUUCGACUCUUCUGACUCCUCCCGCUUCCCAAAUGGAGACUCGCCCGUCACAGUAAACCGGACGCCAUCUUUUCAAAACAGACGAUCUAUUAAAGAGGGGAUUCGAUCAACAGAAAAGCCUGCCAUUUGUAGACCCCCGGUGCGCCCUCCAGAGCCCCCGAGCCGAUUUCCCGCUCCACAAAAGAGUCCAAUCCCGGUCCACGCCGAGCCUACAGCCACGUCCUAUGUUGCGUCCAAAGCAAAGUUUUUUGAGGAUGCCUCCAAACAAGGUGGAAGCUAA